AAGUGGGCGGGAUUAAGCGCGUAGACCAAUGAGCGCCCGUCUUCGCGUUUAAAUAGCUCCUGGUGUCAAUCAUUUUUUUCCCUCCCCCCCCUCUCCAGUUCAGCUCCACUCUCAAUCCCAAGUACAUCUUUCAAUCGCCAUAUUGGGUACUGAGAAGGUUUGUCUGCCGUCUCUCUCGCCGCGGCCGGACCUGACAGCGGCUCCAGCUCCUGUGCACUUUGUUUUGAUGAUCCGCGGAGACUUCACCGGGCUCCAGCACACCGCGGCCGUCACCGUCUCCAGCUCGACGUGUGCAUGGCAUAAACCGUUUUUACGCUCGUUGUGGAUCUAGCUCAGCGUCAAGGAGAUAACCCUCGUUUUCUGAGCGGUGUGUUGUUUUUGUUUUUUUCUGUUUUUUUUCCCUCCUCUUUCCUCGUGAAAUACUGGACGCUCCCGGCUGUUUUGGAAAAAAUAGAAAUAAUAAUUUUAAAAAAAUUGUCGUCUUUCUUCAGGGAAGGGGGGGGGCAAAAUGUCAGACGUUCGACUAUCAAACGGGAGCCCGACGCUGGAGCGGACGGACCCCCGGGUGUCGGAUCACCCGAAACCGUCAGCCUGCAGGAGCCUGUUCGGCUCGGUGAAUCACGAAGAGUUAAAGAGGGAUUUAAAGGGACAUUUGCGGGACAUGGAGGAGGCUGCCUCCGCCAAGUGGGGCUUCGACUUCGCCAAUCACACGCCGCUGGCCAACGGCAGGCUCGAGUGGGAACUAGUGGACUGCAGAGACGUCCCGGCGUUCUACAACGGGCAGGUCGCGCGGAGGGAGAAGGGCGUCUGCUCCGCUGGGAAUAACAAUGUGGAUCUAAACGGGAAUCAUAGCUGUGUUGUGGUGGCUCCGAGCGCGGACAGCGACAGGUCCGACGGGCAGAUGGAGUGCACGGAGCAGUGCACCGGGCUGAGGAAGAGACCUGCAUGUCACGACACCUCGACUCAGAAUAAGAGGUCACACACCAGCUCAGAUGAGGUUAGUUGUCCGAGCCGGAGCCUCUCUGCAGAACACACACCCAGAAAGACCAGUCCCAAGAGGCAAACGUGAGGACGAGGAGGAGAAAAAAAACGAGCCGAAGAUGUAUUUCCCCUUUUUAUGUGGGAAACCUCAGUGAUGGCCGAAUUUCUGUCUUUUUUUUUUCUUUUUUUUUUUUUUUUUUUUUUUUUUUUUUUUUGGAAGAGGAACUACACAGCAUCAGAAACAUAUCAGCUCUCCUGAAGACGGGGGAGGACGCUGUUGAAGCACUGAAUAGAAACACUAAAGUUGUGGCACUCAAUUUAAAAAGUUACUGCCUCUAAAAGCAGUCAAUGUAGCAGUGUGCAAUUAGGUUUGAUUUCCUUUUUUGCUCCUUAUUUUUUACUACCUGUGUGUAAAUAAAUAUACAUAUUAUUAUAUAUUAUUUCUCUCCAUAUGUAGCACAUAAGAAAAAGCAUUAUGAUUUGAACACAGAUCCUUUAUGUAAAAAGGUGUGAAUUUUGAUUUGACUUGAAGAAUUGCAGUGUAGUUUUGAUACGUGUUUCCAAAAUGCUGUUCUGUUCUAUUUUUUUUUUUCUUUUCUAAAAAGGCAGUGUGACUCUGACAAAGUCCCUAAUUGCUACAUUUAAAACAAAACAAACAAAAAAAAUCAUGGCUUCUUACAGUUUCUUAACAGUGUAUCUUCACUUCGUCAUCUUCCUAACUCAGCAGUGAAGAACGGUACAAAUGUAGCUCAUCUGUUUUUUAUUUUUUCCUUCCUGUGGUCACAUCAGUGUCACCAAGUGCAGGUUCUCCUAGAAGAUCUAUUUCCCCAGGAAACCAACACAAUAAAAAAAAAAAAAAAACAAUCUUUAGUACUUGUGUUAGGACUUCCUUUUACAUCACCCGGUAUUUAUUUUGUGAUAAAUGUGUUUAUAACAUCAGUUGAAUCCUGGAAUAUGAUCCCUUUUUUUGUCUCAAGUUCUCCUGCACACCUCAGCCACAAUUGUGAGGGUGUGUUUAGAUUUCCUCUGGAGUUGUGAGGUACUCAGAUAUUGAAGGACAAAGACCAUACAAAAACUGCACAGGUUGUGUCGUAAAGUCAUCCUCUCUGUGACUAUAUUCCUUUUUUUUUUGUUUCAUCAUCAGCCUUAAUGCUCUUCAGAGAGGAGAUUUUUUUUUUUCUUUCUGAAAAGGGUUGAAUGUCCUACAAUACCAAAUACAUGGUUGCUUCAGUAUGGUUGCCAGCGCCACCUGUGCUCCUUUAAUUGACUUCACAUCGUAUUACUUUGUGAUAACCUUGACUUAAAUUUCCAUGUAUGUUUUUUUUUUUUUUUCUCCUUUUUUUUUCUCACAAAUGUUGUUAGCCUGCUGAGGAUGCAAAUGUGAGCGUCUAAAAGCUUCCCUUUUAUUUGCCUAAAGUGUGGGUUAUAUUCAAAGAGACCAGUGUACACCUGGAUGGGGAGAGCGAGAGAGAGAGAGAACAGUUCGUCUCAGAAAUGCAGUCACCAUGCCUGUGUAUUUGUGUAAAUCUUUGCAAUGUACCUAUGUACAUAAUUUUGUAAAAACACUGAGAAAUUAUACUAACUUAUUUAUGUCAAGCUUUUUUUUUUUUUUAAUGUAGAAUAAAAAAAUGGGUUUUUUGAUUACGGUUAUCCAAAGUGGCAUUUACUUUAUUAUAAUUGUCUUAUUUUGUAAAAGCAUAUUUUUGGUAGUUUUUUUUUUUUUUGUUAUCAAUAAGGUUGCAAACUGAGCCUGAAAAAAUAUUUGAUGUGCAUUUUGUAAUGUGUGGUUAUAAAAUGUGUUGCAAUCAAUUAAAAAAGAAAAUUAAA